AUGGAUAUCACAACAAUUAGUGAACCAUCCAUUUUACAAUUACCAUGUGAAGCAUCUGUUAUUUGUUCAAAUACUCAAUUAAAAUCAUCGACAUCUACAAAAGACAAACUAGCAAUCACGUCCAAACUUGUUGGGACUUGUAGAAAAGUACCCAAUUUUCAAUAUUCAAUAAAAACAUUAACAAGUCGCUUAGAAUCAGAGUACAAAGAAAGAGCUAUAGGUUCUCCGAAACAACUACAAAUAAAUCUUUACAAUAGCAGUCCACGAACAAUGAAGAUAUUUAAAAUGUUGGGCAACUUAUUUAUGUAUGUUUUGCUGCUCGUUGUAUUAUGAUUACGAUCAUCAUUUUGAAGUAUAUCAGAAUUAAAACUGAAAAGAAAAUGAACAAGUUUAAAAAAGAAUAAAACAAAGUUGCAGAUGUUUUUUCUUUAGAUAGUGACACUAUAUGAUAUGGUGAUAGAAAGCAUUACAUUUGGUUUUUAUUGUAAAAUUAAUGUUUUUGUGUGCUUUUUUCUGUAAAGUUUCAUUAUUAAUAGAAGCAUAGAUCAUCAACUGUAAACUAGUGCAUCUCUAGAUUAAACAUAUGCAAGUUAUAUGAUGGAUAAUGAUCCACCAGUUAUAUAUCUUUCUUUUCAUUUUUCCUUCUUGUGCACUGAAAAAAAAAAUGGUACGAUACCGAACCAAAAAGGUAUUUUGACCGAAAAAAAGGUUUCGUACAUGGUACGGAACCUAAAAAGGUUUCGAAUUCGUUGCAAUUCUCUGAACCAUUUUAGGUUCGGUACAGACCACUACGAAAAACUUGAAAAAGUGUCCUGAGUCAAUGACAAUCAAUUUUAGUCACCCAAAGUUUUGUACGAAACCUUUUGAGGGUUUCGUAUUGUCUUCCUAAAUGGUUCGGUACGCUGCAAAAAAAAUUGUAUGAUUACGGAACCAUUUAGG